CUCCAAAGUGCUCCUUCCAAACGAGCUUUAACUGAGUCAAAAUGGCGUUCUCCCUCCAAGCUGCUCUUUUCUUCUUCAUCAUACAUUCGUUACCAUUGGAUAUCGAUACAUCUCUAUUCAACAACAUUCGCUUAUAUCAUUGGAUAUCGAUAUAUCUAUAUUCAAACAACAUUCGCUUACCAUCCUUAACCAUGGUUCUCGGCCUUGGUUAUUAUUAUCUCUUUCAACGUUGGGCGUUUUGAGUUUGGCUGUGCGAUUGGUAAGCUCUUAUGGGGGUUAUGACUUUCGUCGUCAUGUGUAGCACCCUCUACACCAACCACCUCAAACAUCUCGGCAGUAGUCCAGACUCC